AUGGCGGCUCAACCGGCGGCCGCGCCCUUCGGGCUGCCGCAGCCGAUGAUGAUGCCUCAUCUGGCCGGCGGCGCCGCCGGCCCGAGCGGCGCCAAUGCGGCGAUGGAUCACUUUGCUGCGAUGGUGCAGCCCGGCUACCAGCCACCAGCACGCGCUCCGGCUGCGGCACCGGCUGCGGCUGCGGCGCCGGCUGGCGCUCCUGCUGGCGCCAGGAGGCGCCCCUCGGGCGCAGCAGCACCGGCUGCUGCGCCCGGCGGCGGCCGCAAUGCGGCGGCUGAUGACGGCGACGGCGAGUCAGACCCCGAGUACGAGCUGGAGGAGGAGCACGACGACGGCGACGUUCCUCACGAGGACACAGUCGGGUGGGAGCGCGACGACAAGUACGCGAUCUCGCAGCGCGUAAAGAGCCUUGGGCAAGAAGCAGAGUCAUCCCCACGUCUCACGUUUGGCUACGAGGGCAAGGGCAUCUUCGAGUUUGCCAAGGAGAUGCUGCCGAUGGAGUUCAUCGAUGCGCUGGCGGCCGAGAUGGACGCAAUCGGGAAGGCCAAGCAUGUCGAUGGCAUCUCCGGCUACAAGAACUGGGCGGAUUCUGUAAAGACCGAGGCGCCGCCGGAUGCGGCGUCCGCCCCUCUCACGAUUCUUGAGGCGUCCAUCGGCCUCCGCGCCCCGAGCGGCCCGCCAACGACCAAGCCGACGGACGGCGGGCGAGCGGCAGCGCCCCAGCACCUCCUCUUCCUCCAGAGCGACCGGGCCGUCGAUGCGCGCCUGACGGCCGCGCUGGGGGAGUUUGCGUGUCCUGCACCGCUCCGCUCCACCAGGAUCUCCGACUCGAACGCGGUCGAGUCCGAUCGCUUCUCCGUCUCAAGCGGGUGCGCCGACUGGCAGCGCGCCUGCGCCUUCCUUGCCUGCGCCAACUCCUCGCUGCUCGAGGUGCGCACCCGCCACCCCGCCACGGCGGAACGGCGAUUUUCGCUCGAGUCCGAGGAGCCACCAGGCUGCUGGGCCGCUUCUGGCAAGGCCCAGGCGUCGCUGCCCAUCGCGGCCCGGUUGUCCGAGACUGAGGCGGUGCCGAUGCAUCUGCCGGUUCCGCCAAAGACCGAGGUGGCGGAGGAUCAGCGCAGCGAGGCGUCGCUGGAGGAGCUCUUCUCCAUUUCAAGUGACUUCGCCGGCUCGCGGCCACGCUGCGCCUCCUGCAUUUGUGCCGACUCCUUCACGCUCGAGGUCGAGCAGGGCGAGGAGGAGGGGGCGGACCAGGCGAUCCGAGCACCGCAUCGCCAGCCCGUCUCCCCCCUGCCCCUGCCUGCCGCACGGCCUCCCCUGCGUGCCCUGCCAAGCCACUCGCUUCUAUCACUCCUCGCGCCUCUUCGCAGCGUGCCUGGCGGACUGUCGCCCGCGCCUGCCUUUCCACAGGCCGACAUCUUCACCGCCGAGAUGGACACGGCCGGCAGCUCUCCCUGGCCCCUCCUCGUGGGUGCCCUCAUGGGGUGCUUGGGCUUCUCUGUCAUGGCGCUGAAGUGGAGAGGCUCCUCGGCCAGCAAGACCGGCCCCGACAAGGACGACGGCCAGAAGCGCUCGAGGCGCGCCAACGAGAACGAGGGCAUGGCACUGACUGGCAGCACCGCUGGUGUUUGCCGCACUCCGAUCUUCUUCUUCUUCUUCUUCUUCUUCUUCUUUGUCGCAAUGGUCGGCAUGUGCGGCGUGACCUACGAGGCCUCGACCGCUAGGUAUACUCGGGUGCGUGGCGCCAUGUCGGGUCUCCUUCCCGUCAACAGCAUCGUGCCCGAGUCGUGUCCCGCCGACGCUGCUGGGAAGGCCCAGAGACUGGUCGAGACGGGCCUAUUCGGCGCGGUAGCCUUGCGGCUCGGCGGAAUCGCCUCGCUCGAGCCAUCCGCCGCACAAGUCCGCGUGGCCGCCGCCGCGUUGCUCGUCGGUAGAGUGGGCGCGUCUCCGUCUUCUUGCGACACGGCGCUGGACCUAUCCACUCAAACCUCUCCGCUGUCAUCAAGCACCGUCGGCGCUCUGAACACGUAUCGCACAUCCUGCGGCGGCUCCGGCAACGAGAAGAUCUUCUACGUCGAGGUGCGGGCAGGAGGUGAGCUCACCAUCGGAAUGACGUCCACCACGUACGACUCGAGGCACGAGACGCGAUGGGGCGGGAGCUGCCCAGGCGACCAUUCCGUCGCAUGCACCGACGACCCAGACACCUUGCAGCACUCGUGGAUCAACACUCAGGGCUCGACUCAGACGGCGUACUUCAUCGUGGACGCAUACUCGUCCGGCAGCGGCGACUUUGUACUCGAGUGGAAUCCGCCCUCUCCGCCGCCUCUUCUACCCGACAUGGUAAGCUGCGAUUUCGAGGUCGACACUUGCGCCUGGAUCGACACCGCGCCGGACGGGUUCUCUUGGACCCGCAUGAGCGGCGGCACUCCAUCAGGAGGCACAGGCCCGAGCGGCGGCCACACCACCGGCUCGGGCUACUACCUCUACACCGAGGCGUCUUAUGGCGGCAACGAUAAGCUGCACCAGCUCGAGAGCCCGCUGUUCUCGCUCCAGCAGGCCGGCACCCUCUCCUUCUUCUACCACAUGUACGACAGUACUGGCUCCACCAUGGGCACCCUCUCCAUCGAGGCCAACGGCACCGAGACGGGAUGGUCGACGCUCUGGAGCAGGACCGGCGACCAGGGCAAUAGCUGGCUCGAAGCGGCGGUGAUACUACCCGCCUCGACGACGAAGGUGCGCUUCAACGGUGAGACGGGGUCGGGCUUCAGGUCGGACAUGGCGCUGGACGACGUCUCCUUCUCGCAGUUAACGCCUCCGUCGCCGCCACCGUCGCCGCCGUCCUUGCCGCCUCCGCCCUCUACGCCGCCGUCCGUCCCGCCUCCGCCCUCUGCGCCGCCGCUGACCCCGCCGCCACCGCCGCUGCCGCCUCUGUCGCCGCCCCCGCCUCUGCCGCCGCUCUCCCCGGACUUUGUCGCCGCGGCGAGCGAGGCCGAGCUCCGCUCCCUGAUCACGGAGGCUGCUGAUUCGCAAGCCGACGUCUCAAUCUACCUGCCGCCCAGGGCAACCUUCAAGCUGGGCAGCCAGAUCAGCUGCGCCUCCACCAUCAAGGAGGGCGGCGUCGUCUACGCGGAUAACAGCGGUGCGGUCUCGAUAAUCGGCUCGGAUUACGACGCGUACGGCGGCGUCGUCUACGCGGAUAACAGCGGUGCGGUCUCGAUAAUCGGCUCGAACGUGAGCGACUGCUCUGCUGAUGAGGGCGGCGUCGUCAGGGCGACUUACAGCGGUGCGGUCUCGAUAAUCGGCUCGAAGGUGACGAGCUGCUAUGCCGAGCACGGCGGCGUCGUCUACGCGCACGACAGCGGUGCGGUCUCGAUAAUCGGCUCGGCCGUGUCGGGCUGCUCUGCUGGCUAUUACGGCGGUGUCGUCUCGGGUGGCAGCGGUGCGGUCUCGAUAAUCGAGUCGAACGUGUCGGGCUGCUAUGCUGGCAGGGACGGCGGCGUCUUUUCGGGUGGCGGCAAUGCGGCCUCGAUCAUUGGCUCGAACGUGACCGGCUGCUAUGCUGGCAGGGACGGCGGCGUCGUCUCCGCGGGUGGCAGCAGUGCGGUCUCGAUCAUCGAGUCGACCGUGUCGGGCUGCUCUGCUGGCAAUGACGGCGGCGUUGUGUACGCGAGGAACGACGUUGAGCUCAUCGAUUCGGAUGUGAGGGAUUGCUCUGCUAAUCACGGCGGCGUCGUCGCCGCGGUUGAAAGCGGUGCGGUCUCGAUAACCGGCUCGACUGUGAGCGACUGCUCUGCUGGCUAUGACGGCGGCGUCGUCUGGGCGUCUUCCAGCGGUGCGGUCUCGAUAAUCGGCUCGACCGUGAGCGACUGCUCUGCUGGCUAUGACGGCGGCGUCGUCUGGGCGUCUUCCAGCGGUGCGGUCUCGAUAAUCGGCUCGACCGUGAGCGACUGCUCUGCUGGCUAUGACGGCGGCGUCGUCCACGCGUGGGGCAGCGAUUCCCUCUCCUUCGCGGGUGUCGCCUGCAUCGACAACAAAGCGAACGGAUCAGGCUCGGUGCUGCGGGCCGCCCGCAUCGAGUCCGCGGUCGGCCUGCAGCCCAAGUUCAAGGUCGUCGUCAGCUUCUACCAGGUGAGCAGCACCCUCGGCCUCGUCUACGGCGUCCGCCUCGACGAGCACUUUACGCGCUGGCUCGACGUGCUCAAGCUGUUCAGCCUGGACUUGUUUGGCGUCGCCAUCCCCGGCCGCUGCAUCGGAGCCAUGAGCACGCGGCUGCUCGUCGCGGGCACCUGGCCGUACGCCGCCGUCGCCUUGGUGUCGCUCGCCAUUGUGGCGGUGGCGGCGGUCCUCAACGUCAAGCAAAAGCAGGCAUUCGACGGCAAAUUCUUUGGCCGCGUACUCUACUCGGCGAUCUUCAUCUUCUACCUCGUGCUUCCCUCCGUCUCGCGCUCCAUCUUCAGCGCGAGGCUGUGCGAGUCCUUUGGCUACGACGACGCGACAGGCCAGCGCAUCAGCUUUCUGCUCGCCGACCCGUCGCUCACGUGCGACGACGGCCCGACGUGGGACGACGAGACGAGCGGGCUCGCGCCGUACUUUUGGGUCUUCGUCGCCCUCUGGCCCGUCCUCGUGCCGCUCGGCUUCUUGGCGCUGCUGCUCCGCGUCCGCAAGCCCGUCGCUGCGCAGCGCGCAUCGCCGCUCUCUCGUGCGACGAGCUUCCUCUGGCGGGACUACUCUGCCCGCUUCCUCUUCUGGGAGGUGCUCGACCUGUUUCGCAAGAUCUUCCUCACCUCAAUGGUGCUCUUCAUCGACCAGAAUUACGGCUCCCGCAAGCUACAACGCACCGUGGUCGCCGCCAUCGUCUCGGCCAUGUUUCUCACCCUGCUCGCCCUCGCCCGCCCCUACCGGCGCUCCGACGACCUCUGCCUGGCGUGCAUCUCCAACUUGCUACUCACCUGCUGCUUCGCGUCGGGGGUGGUCAUCCAACUGUGCGACAGCACCGUGUACGAAGACAUGUGCUACAAGCUCGUUGGCUACCAGACCUCGCGCAGCGCCACCACCUUUGUCGUCGUCCUCACCGCGGUCAUGCUCGCCGUCUCGCUAAUCGUCAUCAUUGUGUCGGCGGUCAGCGCCACGAGGGCGAAGACCAUGCGGCUCGUCUCGUCGAAGCGGGAGCCGAUGCGCGACGGCAUCACCCUCGCCGACGGCCAGGAGUGGCACCUCUUCCUCAGCCACGUCUGGAGCACGGGGCAGGACGCCGUCGCCGUCAUCAAGAAUGAGCUCCAGCAGUUCCUGCCCGGCUGCGAGAUCUUUCUCGAUAUCGACGACCUCAAAAACAUCGGAGAUCUGGAGGCGUACAUUCGUCGCUCGCAGGUGGUGCUCUGCUUCCUGUCGCGUGGCUACCUGCGCUCGACGAAUUGCCUGCGAGAGAUCCGCGCCGCGCUGGAGAUGGGCAAGCCGCUCGUGCUCGUCCACGAGGCAGACCCGGACAAGGGCGGAGGCACGCUUGCCAAGCUGCGAUCCGAGUGCCCUGAGGAGCUGCAGGCCGCCAUCUUUGAGGCCGGCUGGCCGAUGGUGGUGUGGCAUCGGAUCGCGGCCUUCCAGCACGUCUCGCUCAAGGUCAUCGCCGAGGCGCUGCUGCUGAAGAUGCCAAAGUACGCGGGCGAGGACGAGCUGCCCCUGUGCAUCCCUGGCGAGCUCCGAGCCGGAGACCUCGCCUUCCCCAAGCCGGUGGUUCUCUGGGCCUCGAGUUUGAACGCCGGGGCGCGAGACCUCGCCGAUGCGGUCGUGACGGCUGUGGCUGACGGCAUCUCGAUCACCGACGAAACGCCCUCGCGCCUCUCCUCGCUUCCUCGCUCGAGCGACAGCGGCGGUGACGGCGACGAGGCGACCCACAUGCUGCUCUACCUAAACAAGGCGACGUGGGCCGGCGGUGGCGCCGAGGCGCUCGCAGAGCAGGUGCGCGCCGCGCGCCGUGCCAAGCUUCCGAUCGUGAUGGCGCACGAGAACGACGCCGUCCGCAACGGCUGCAUCUUUGGCCACUUUUUCGAGGUGACGCCGCGCGACCUGAUCGCCGACGGGCUGUACCACGACCUCGCCGUCGGCUGCCACUCGGGCCCACACCGGCAGGUGUCGCUCGCCCUGCUCGCAAACGCGCUCGGCGCGACCAAGCAGACGGCUCAGUCGCGCAUGCACCGAGUCACCGCCCUCGCUUUAACGCUCCGCGGCUCCUCUUCAAUGACGGAGACGUCGAAUGGCGACGACAUUGUGGAAGCGUCAGCGACGCCGACCGUCUGA